ACAAUUUACGCAAUGAGCGCGCACCGCUUCUCUCUUGUAUAAAUACCCUUCUGUCGACUUGUUCAGUGUACAUUGUAAUUCAUAUUUCUCCUCCUGUUGUGCCUUGAGCUUUUAGGCAGAACCAACCCACAUAAUGCCGACCCACGGACUGCCAGAAUUCAGCCUAGCCGGCAAGGUCAUAUUGGUGUCGGGCGCUGCUCGAGGCCUUGGUCUCACACAGGCUGAGGCAUUGCUGGAAGCCGGUGCCCGAGUGUAUGCGCUGGACAGACUGCCCGAGCCGUCACCGGAUUUUGCACCGAUUGCGGAACGAGCAAAGAAGGAUCUGGGAACUUUGCUUGAAUACCGCCAGAUCGAUGUGCGAGAUGUGAAGAAGCUGCACGAGAUUGUCGAGGACAUUGCAAGCAAGGAGGGAAGACUGGACGGACUGAUUGCAGCGGCGGGUAUCCAGCAGGAGACGCCUGCACUGGAGUACACUGCCGAGGAUGCAAACCGCAUGUUUGAGGUCAACAUCACAGGCGUAAUGAUGACUGCGCAAGCGGCGGCAAAGCAGAUGAUCAAGUUUGGCAAGUGUGGAAGUAUUGUCCUUAUUGCGAGCAUGUCUGGAACCGUGGCCAACCGGGGCCUCAUCUGCCCGGCAUACAACGCAUCCAAAGCAGGCGUGUUGCAGCUUGCUCGCAACCUGGCGGCAGAAUGGGGCGAGCACAAGAUUCGCGUCAACACAAUCUCACCAGGAUACAUUGUGACGGCCAUGGUCGAGGAGCUCUUCAAGCAGUACCCCGAGCGACGGGAAACAUGGCCAACGCAGAACAUGCUGGGCCGCCUGUCCAAGCCUGAGGAAUACCGCGGCGCUGCAGUCUUCCUUCUCAGCGAAGCGAGCUCCUUCAUGACGGGGGCGGACCUGAGGAUUGACGGGGGGCACUCGGCGUGGUAGGCGUGUAGUGUAU